UUGUAAAAAAAAAAUAUAUAUAUAUAUUCAUUCCGAUGAAUUACAUCAGAAAUCACUAUCUAAAUGUCUCGGCGCGUUAGAAAUUCUUUGUUCUAUCGUUAUAGACGCUAUAGCUAUACCAUCUACAAAUUAUCUCUUUAAUUCGCAAUUUUUCCUACCAUCAAAGGGACAAGAAACGAUUUCACAAUUCCUGAUUCAUGCAUAACGCAUCGAUACAAUCCAUUUUUCACUAAAUAAGAGGAAUAACUUAUCACCGUGAUUCCCUUCCCUUUUUUCUCCACCUCUUUUUCAUCUUUUCAUUGAAAGACCGAUACGUAUGAACGGUAAUAAUAUGAAAUAAAUACAAAUUACACGAUCGAUGAGUAGAGAAUACCAAUAGAUCAAAGUGGCUUCCAGUUACGAUGAUAAUCAAUAUUCAGUCUCCCGGUAUAGUAUCAAUGUACGAACGUACCCAACCAGUUUAUUAAGUGAAAAACGAUAUGAGUUUUCUCGAAAGCGAUAUAUCCGUCAGCCUGACGUCAAUUUUUAUGAAGCUCGUCGGAUUAUGGAUGGCGGCCAACGAAUACGAACAACGGAUGAGAAACAUCAUGGUUACUUACAACGUGGUCGCCAUUCUUUUCGCUCUGUGGAUACAAACUACGGAUAUAUAUUACUCGUGGGGAAAUUUUAGCGCUUGCCUCUUCUCUAUGUCCAAUACGCUGUCGUUAAUUCUACCCCUGUUGAAGAUAUUCAUUCUGCUUAGUCACAAAGAAGAUUUUUUCCGUUUGAUCCUGUACAUGCAAAGGAAUUUUUUACGGGGAAAUUACGACGAUUACGAGAGAAAAGUCGUGAUCGGUUGCAAGCGGAAAUGCACCUUCUUCAUUUGUUUCUUUACAUUUUUCACAAUGGCGACUAUUGUUUCUUACAUCGCUAGUCCAAUCAUUGCAAAUAUUGGAAAGAACGAAUCGGACAGAGUGCUUCCAUUCAACAUGUGGCUUAACCUACCAAUAAGUAUGACUCCAUAUUUUGAAAUUACGUUCGCAUUACAGGUUUUGUCCCUAUAUCAAAUUGGGGUGAGUUAUUUCUGUUUCGACAACUUUUUGUGCAUUAUGAAUUUGCACGUGGCUGGACAAUUUAAAGUGUUGCAAUAUAGAAUAUCCAACAUAGCAGAUUUGAUAAUUAAAACGGAAGAGAAAAAGGAGAAGUUAAUCAUAGAAUCGUUGUAUUAUUCAAAUAAAUGUUACAGCAUUUUUAAAAAGUAUAUUCGCCAACAUCAAGCUCUUAUAGCGUAUUGCAGAAAAAUUGAAGUGGUAUUCAAUUGGAUUGCACUAGAGCAAGUUUUGAUGUUCAGCUUGCUAAUUUGCCUCGAUGGAUAUCAAAUACUCAUGGCAGAUGGAGAUAUCAAAACACGUUUAAUCUUCAGCUUCCACAUAUUAGGAUCUCUAUGCCAAUUACUGAUGUUCAGCUACAGCUGCGACUGUAUCAUACGAAAAAGUGUGAAUAUAGCAACAGCAGCAUACGGUGGACCCUGGCCGUUGUUAUCAAUGACCACGAGUGGAAGGAUGAUACGAAAAGAUUUGAUCCUAGUCAUCAUGAGGUCUAGCAUACCUUGUUGCUUAACUGGAAAAGGAUUCUUCAUUGUGUCUCUCGAAACGUAUACCAGUGUUCUAAGUACAGCAGCAUCAUAUUUCACGUUGUUGAAACAGCGCACAGAAGUCACUUCUUUAGCUACGUUUUUUCUAAGGGUCGUCGGCUUUUGGUUGGCAAGUAGUCGCCUCGAGGAAUGGUUCGGGAACGCAACAGUGAUGUACAGUAUAAUCACUAUCAUUUUUUCCAUGUGGGUACAAAUGAGAGGCCUUUACUUCUCUUGGGGAGACUUCAGUAUAUGCACUUUCAUCGCGUGCAAUAGUUUGGGACUAAUAAUGGAUUUAUUAAAGAUAUUCGUCGUAUUUAUACAUAAAAAGAAGUUUCUUGGUUUGAUCAUAUAUAUGAAGAAGAAUUUCUGGCAUUUGGAUUAUGAUCAGUAUGAAAAUUCUAUUAUAGCAGAUGCGAAACAAAUGUGUGUCUACUUCGUCUGCGUCUUCUCAUUUUUCUCUCAGUCCACGGUUUUUUCUUAUAUGUUGAUGCCAAUGAUAUCAAAUAUUGGGAAGAAUGAAUCGGAUAGGAUGCUUAUAUUUAAUAUGUGGCUAGAUCUACCAUUGUCUAUGUCGCCAUAUUUUGAAAUAAUUUACGUGAUACAGGCUUUGUGUUUGUAUCAAGUUGGAAUAUGUUAUCUUUGUGUCGACAAUAUGUUUUGCAUUAUGUGUCUACACUUAGCUAGCCAGUUUCGUAUAUUACAAUAUAGGCUAGCCAAUUUGUCAAGUGUAGAAGAUAAAGAAGGAGUCGAUAAUGAGGAAAACAUGGAUUCUUCGAACAGAUGUUACAUCAUAUUAAAAAAUUGCAUUCGACAGCAUCAAGCUCUAAUUCAAUUCUCCAUCACACUCGAAGAAAUAUUUACAAUAAUUACACUUGGGCAAGUUCUAAUAUUUAGCACGUUAAUUUGUUUCGUCGGAUAUCAAGUGCUUUUGGUAAAUUUGACUUUUUCAUGGCGAAUUUCCUUCCUAUGUUUUUUAAUAACCAACAUGAGUCAACUAUGGAUGUUCACGUACAGUUGUGAUUGCAUGACACGAGAAAGCGUGAAUGUUGCCUCGGCUGUGUAUUCUAUACCAUGGACACGUAUGCCAAUGGAUAAAUUUGGAAAAAUGAUACGAAAAGAUUUGCAAUUCGUUGUCGUAAGAUCUAGACGUGCUUGUUGUCUAACAGGUUGUGGCUUCUUUGAUAUAUCUCUUGAAACUUAUACGAAGAUCAUGAGUACAGCUAUGUCAUAUUUCACGAUACUAAAACAACGAACCAUAGAAAAGUUAGUAACAAUCGAUGCACCUUACACAAACGUGUUGAGUUCAAUAUCUGAGAGAAGAUAUUCCAGUCGUUUUUACACGGUUGUCAGAGGCAUCGAAAUGAAAAACGACGAUUUUUCCAUCAACUUGUCGUCGAUUUUUAUAAAACUCAUAGGAAUAUGGAUGGCAAAUGGCCAAUCAGAGAAAUAUGUGAGAAACAUGAUGAUCGUGUACAGCAUCAUCGCGCUUCUUUUUGGACUGUGGUUACAAAUUACGGAUAUGUAUUAUUCGUGGGGCGAUUUUUCUGAAUGUAUCUUUUCUAUGUGCAAUAUGCUAUCGAUAGCCGCACCCCUUUUGAAACUGAUCACUCUGAUUGUGCAUAGGAAAGAUUUUUUUUAUUUGAUUUUAUAUCUACAAAGAAAAUUUUUACACGGAGAUUACGACGAUUACGAACGAAAUAUUGUGCUCAACUGUAAACGGAAAUGCACGUUCUUCACUUGUUCUUUGACUUUUACCACUCUAGCGACCGUUGUUUCUUACAUUAUUAAUCCACUUAUUGCAAAUAUUGGAAGAAACGAAUCAGAUAGAGUGCUUCCAUUCAACAUAUGGAUUGACUUGCCACUAACUAUAACUCCAUACUAUGAAAUUACGUUCGUUUUAGAGGUGAUAUCCUUAUAUCACAUUGGGGUGAGUUACUUCUGUUUCGACAAUUUUUUGUGCAUUAUGAAUUUACACGUGGCUGGACAAUUUCAAGUAUUGCAACAUAGAAUUUCCAACAUAACAGAUUUGGUAAUUAGAAAAGAAGAGAAAAAAGAGAAAUUAAUUAUGAACUCGUCCUACUUUGCAAGUAAAUGUUAUGCCAUUUUUAAGAAGUGUAUUCGCCAACAUCAAGCCCUUAUAGCGUAUUGCAGAAAACUUGAACAGGUAUUCAAUUUGAUUGUCCUAGAGCAAGUUUUGAUGUUCAGCAUGUUAAUUUGUCUCGAUGGAUAUCUAGUACUUAUGGCAGAUACAUCUACCACAACACGUUUGAUCUUCGGCCUUCAUAUAACGGUAUGCUUAUGUCAAUUGCUGAUGUUCACUUACAGUUGCGACUGUAUCAUACGAGAGAGCUUGAGCGUAGCCACGGCAGCGAAUAGAGGACCUUGGCCAAUGGUACCAAUGACCACAAGCGGAAGGAUGAUGAAAAAAGAUUUGAUGCUCGUCAUUAUGAGGUCUGGUAUACCUUGUUGCUUAACAGGUAAAGGAUUUUUCGUCGUAUCCUUGGAAACGUACACUAGUGUUUUAAGUACUGCGGCAUCAUAUUUUACACUACUAAAACAGCAUUCAGAGGCACAUUCUUAAUAUGUAUAUUUCAAUAGUGUAUAUUGUUGCUGUAUAUGAGUCAAAUUCUUGUAUUUGUCUAUGUUUAACACAAAUAACAGAGAUAUAGUUUUAUAGCAAU